CAAUUCUCAACCACAACGAAUAACAAAGCAGUUUCAUCUGCAAAUUCUGCAAGUUAAUCAUCGUCAAAUGCCUUCAUCAUGGAGCUCUCAUCAGCAGCAACAACCUGGAUUUCCUCUGCAUCUCUGUGUCUUCCUUCUAACACUGUUCAUGUUUCUGGGUUUCUCAUGGUACAUAAACUACGAGCCAAUCAUGGAGAGCUUGAUGGAUCAAGUGAAGAUGGUUCUCAUGGUGUCGCCUCUCUUGCUUCUUCUCGUCCUUCACUUUCUCUCUAACAGUGAUGGAUUCUUCUCUUCUCUGAUUCCUUUUUCUGAUAAAGAUUCUCUGCAGAGGGCAGGCGGCACUCCUUGGGGUGUCGGCUUCCUUCUGGUUUUUCUUUUCUUCAUGAUCUCUUACCAGUCUUCUUUACAAGAACGCUGGUUUCCUCUCUUGGCCCGGUGAUGAUCAAAUAUGAUGAUGAUGAAGCUUCUUCUUUCUGUAAUUAUUGUAUUACUGUGUAAGCCUGUGAUUGUGAUGAUGAGCUCUUUCGGUUUUUCCAUGAAAGAUCUUUAAUUCUCUCUUUGUUUACAUGACAUAUGUAGCUUCUGCGUUCUGAGUUUUUUUCUUUUCUUUUUGUAUGAGAAAGUUAAUUAAGGUGAUGUGGCUACUCUGAUAGUGGAUAGACAAGAAGAUAUGAAGUACUUGUUUCCA